AUGACUUGUGCAGACUGUAAAGCACUUCCUAUUAGAGUGCUGCGCUCCCGGCUGGCGUGCUUUGAUGAGCACGGUCAGGCUUGCGUUCCCUGCGUUUCUGGUCCCGCGUCCGUUGAGGCGGCGCGGCGAUUGAGAUCGUGGGGUUCACAGCGGGAUCUUGCAGACGAGAAUGAGACUGCUGAGGCACUUUCUCAUUCAUCGUCUGAUGAUCCCGUAGCCCCUGUGAGUGGCGCAGAAGUCCGCGCCGCGGCUUCUUCUGACCACGAUCAGGUCCCGAUACUCAGGCUCUCUGCUUCCAAGGAAGUAGACGUGCUCAGUAUCGAUACGGAUGACCGUGAGUUAGGCGCGCCAGUUCACGGCCAAGCAUAUGAGGAACUGGGCAGGGGUCUCAAACUCCCGGCCCGCGGGCCAUUUACGGAAAAGGUUGCCGUGCUGAAGGAGUAUAAUCUCAAGCGUCAUUAUUCAACUAAACAUGGAGAACGAUACGAGAAGUACCAGGCAGACGAGAGAGAAAAAACAGCCAUGAAGUUGAAGAAAGAGCUAACAUCCCAGCAAAGCCUUUUCUGCAAAGCCAAAAAGGAUGCUGAUGCAGCAGUUGAGGCAAGUUAUGUGGUGAGUGAGUUGAUCGCCAAAGCAGGAAAGCCAUUCACUGAAGGACCGUUUAUGAAGGAUUGUAUGUUAAAAGUCGCUGAGAUUCUAUGUCCAGAAAAAAAGAGCUUGUUCAACAAUCUCGCUCUAUCGACAAACACAGUGGCAGAGCGGAUUAGUGAGUUGUCCAGUGACAUUUAUGAUCAUUUGCGUGGCAAAGCUAGAGUUUUCACUGCGUACUCUGUGGCGCUUGACGAAAGCACAGACAAAACAGACACUGCGCAGCUUGCCAUUUUCAUCAGGGGUAUAAAUGAACAGUUUGAAGUGACGGAGGAGUUAUUAAGUUUGUGUCCAAUGCACGGACGUACCACAGCCAACGAUAUAUUUCAGCAGCUGUGCGAUGCGAUUGAGCGCGCUGGUUUGCCGUGGAACAGAUUGGUAGGCAUUACCACUGAUGGCGCCCCAUCUAUGACAGGCAAAAAAAACGGGCUGGUUGCGCUGGUACAAAUAAAGUUAGAAGAGGAAAAUGCAGAUCCAGCAGUUGCUCUUCACUGCAUUAUACACCAACAAGCGCUGUGCAGCAAAUGCUUGAAAUAUGAACAUGUCAUGUCUGUUGUCCUGAAAUGUGUCAAUUACAUCAGGUCAAGAAGUUUACAGCACCGCCAGUUUCGGACCUUUUUAGAAGAAAUUGAGUCAACAUAUGGUGAUGUACUUUACUUUACUGAGGUGCGCUGGCUCAGCAGGGGGAAUGUCCUGAAGAGAUUUUUUGACUUAAGAGCAGAGGUGAAGAGAUUCAUGGAAGAUGGCAGAAUGGAUGUUCCUGAAUUUGAUGACCCUAAAUGGGUCAUGGACCUUGCAUUCUUGGUGGACAUAACACAGGAGCUAAAUAUCCUUAACUUGAAGCUCCAGGGUCCUGGUCAGCUCAUCACAGCAGCAUAUGAAAGUGUGAAAGCUUUCUCCACAAAGCUGCAAUUGUGGAAAACUCAGCUUUCUGCAAAAAACCUCAGUCAUUUCACUACAUGCAGAUCUCUUGAUCAGCGUUUUGCUGACUUCAAGUCACACCGUGACACUUUUGAGCUGUUCGCAGAUCCCUUCUCAGCUGACGUGGAGAGUGUCCCAAGUGUGUUGCAAAUGGAGCUUAUUGACUUGCAGUGCAACAGUGAGCUAAAAACUAAAUUCAGAGAGGCACAGGGAAAAACAGAAAAGACUGGACAGUUUUUUAAAGAGUUACCUCCAUGCUACCCAGAGCUGUCCAAAGUGUUCAGUCGGGUAAUGUGCCUUUUUGGAAGCACAUAUCUGUGUGAGAAAUUGUUCUCAACUAUGAACUUCAAUAAAUCCAAGUACAGGUCUAAACUUAGUCACGCCCAUCUUGAAGCUGUACUCAGGGUUUCAACUGUGACCUCCAUCAGGGCAAACGUGGCUCAGUUGUGUGAGCAAAAGCGCUGCCAAGUUUCUGGCAAGAAAUAGAAUAGUGAUAGUGUGCAAAUGUAUUCAGGAAUUGUAUUCACUGCAAGGUUUAGUUCAGUACA